AUGCACAGAACCAAACUGAGGAUUACUAGUUUGUGGUUCCAAACUCUGCGAAGGAACAUGUCUACUUCGGUUAGGACUUACGACGAGGCGAUUAAUCGGCUUAAUUCGUUACAAUCGAAUGCGAGCACGUUGAACGCUAUUCGAAACCAGGGUAUUAAGCCAAAUGACGCUGCCUUGGAGGAGAUGCGUGCCUAUUUUAAACGUUUAGGUUACAAGUUGGAUGACUUGAACCGUCUAAAGAUUUUCCAUGUUACGGGUACUAAGGGAAAGGGCUCUACCUGUGCCUUUGCGAAUUCAAUUCUUCAUGAGCUACAAGCCUGCUCUGAACCCGGUGCCCCUAAGCGCAUUGGUGUAUUCACCUCGCCUCAUUUGAAAUCAAUUUGCGAGCGUAUAUCGAUCCAAGGUUCGCCCAUUUCGCAACAAAAGUUUGCAAGGUAUUUUUUUGAAGUAUGGGAUCGUCUUGAAGCCACGGAAGCUGAAGUGGGCUCAACCGCCAAGCCCAUGUAUUUUCGUUACUUGACAUUAAUGGCGUUUCAUGUUUUCCUUAGUGAAAAUGUUGAUACCGCUAUUUUUGAAGUUGGCAUUGGAGGCGAAUAUGAUUCGACAAAUAUCAUUCCUGCACCCGUGGUUACGGGUGUGACGAGUCUUGGUAUUGAGCAUACCAAUAUUCUGGGCAGUACACUUUCGCAAAUUGCAUGGCAAAAAGGUGGCAUUUUCAAGAGCAGCGCCCCAGCUUUUGUUGUGCCGCAGCCCGUGGAAGCAUUGACAGUACUCCAAGAACGUGCGAAUGAGCGUCAUACAACACUGCAUGUUGUCGAAGCGCCUCGUGGACUGACUGUCGAUAUGCUCGGUUUAGCAGGACAACAUCAACUGCAGAACGCAGCGCUUGCGCUUGCUCUAGUCCAACACUACUUCCAAUUGUCUGGAAACAAAAAUAUCAAUCUGUCGCAUCCUGCCGUCCUCAAGGGUCUGAAAGACGUCCGUUGGCCUGGACGCUGCCAGUACGAGUGUGUUGAUGAUAUCCAUUGGUUCUUGGAUGGUGCUCAUACCAUAGACAGUCUUUUGGCUACUGGCCGGUGGCUCUCUGACAAGCAAGCAUUUGCUAACGGCACUGCUCGUGUACUUGUGUUCAACCAACAAAAUCGAGAUGAUCCCGUUGCCUUGCUGAAAGCCUUUUUAACGGGCUACGAGUCUCGUAGCACAGCUCCGCCGUUUACCCAUAUCAUUUUCACAACAAAUGUUACAUGGAAGGAGCAAGGUUACACGCCUGAACUGCUCAGCAUGAAUGCUGUUACCUCUACAGAGCAACCAUUGAGUGUGCAAAAGAAGCUUGCCGCUUGGUGGACUGAAAACCGACCUACAGCACCUAGCAUUGGCAAUGGUGCCGCGGUGAAAGUGGCAGCUUCCAUUCAAGAGGCGUUGGAACAGAUACGUCAAAUCCAUAUUCAGAAUUCAACUGUGUCGGUUUGUGUCACCGGCAGUUUGCAUCUUGUCGGUGGUUUGCUUGUUGUUCGCGACUUCUAG